ACACAAAUAAAAAUAACAUAUGUGUGUUUGAACUGCCUGAACUAAGGAUUUAAUGACGCUACAUUCAGGGACUGAUGACUGAUGCACUGUUUCACCACUACUUAUUUUUACCUUAUCUGCGUUAUUUAUCUUGUGCUUCCUCUGCUUACCUGUAAAUCUACCUCAGCUGCUGGAUGCUUGAAUUUCCCUCGGGUUCAAUAAAGUAUUUACACUCAACAAAAACAAUACACGCAGCACUUUUGUUUUUGCUCUCAUCUUUCAUGAGCUCAACUCAGAUCUAACUUUUUCUAUGUACACAUCCAGUAAAGCCCGUUUCUCUCAAGUAUUGUGCGCAAAUCUGUCUGUCACAGGUGUGGCAAAUAAAGAUGCUGAUUAGACAACAUUGCACAAGUGUGCCUUAGGCUGGCCACGAUAAAAAGCCAAUCUAGCUAUCUAUAGCUGAUGGCACCUGACCUCCAGUGUCCUCUUCAUCCUGCAGUUGUUUAAUGGAGUUAUGCUGUUUAAUAGGUUGUCUUGCGAGGUUUGGCGCCGGUCAAAAUGGAAAGUUUCACUUUUCAUCGAUCAAAAUGUUAAAAAAACAAAACACAAACAGCACAUGCUACCUGUUCUCAUGAUGGUUUAGUAGGAUAUCCAACAAAAAGUUAAGCACUGUUUUCAAAAAGCCAACAUAGUGUUUGGUAACUGGUAACUUAGUGGUUCACAUACCUGAUACUGGUGCAGCUGGUGUGGUAUCAUUUUGCACUUGUCUGGCCAAGGUAUAGUCGACCUUUCACCCUCCGUCAGCUGUAACAGGCUUCCUACGGAAUAUCAAGCAACCGAUUGUUCAACGUGCAAUACCUAAUGAUGCAGUGAUGGGAAGUGCGGUUCUUUUUUGAGAACCGACUCCUUAGCCUCGGCUCCCAAACGGGUCAUCGGAUUUUUGUGUUGCUUAAGUUGAUUUCUUACCAAAAUAUGUGUAAUGUUAAUUUCAAAUCUAAAAAUGUAACUAUGUCAAAUAUUUAUAUGGCUCUUUUUACAUGCUCAUCAUGGAACAGAUUGCAACAAAUAAAUAAUUAUAAAACACAAAAACAAAGACCCAUCCCCAUUAGACAAACAGGUCCAAUGUGAUUGUGUGUAUUAUUCGUACGCAACAUUACACAACAAAAUAUAAAUUAAAUUGUGCCAAACUAAAAGCGGCAUCCAGGUAACAAUUUUCGCAAGUGAAGAUUAGCAUUCAGACUAACACAAAAAUGCCUCAGCUUUUGUUUCUUGCUGCUCAUUUUCCUCACCUUUGCAGCUUGCUUGCGUGUAACCCCUCCCUCUACCUUUCUGCUUCGUGUCGACUCAUACAGUGCUACAUAUUUUCAUCAAUCACGUGUGGCUUUGACAGCAAAAAUGACAAGGAAAAACGGCUUGUUCAUACUGAAAAAGGGUCUGCUCCCGUCAUUCACAUCCUGCUCAUCACUAUAAUAAAGUGUUACAUGCCAAAAAAAUAAUAUAAAUUAGUCAUUUACCAAUGAAAAUUGUGUACUAAUUGUUAUUAUUACAUAGUAUAUUAUUUUGUAUGCAUGCAGAUUCCUUGAAGUUGAUGAUUCUGUUCGAAUGUAGGAUUGCGAUAUAUUGCUUUAGCAUUUCCUUGAUAAUUUUAUACCUGCCUGUGAGAAUGUGUUGCACCACAACCCCACUCCAGACAGAAUAUGAAACACAUUUAGUCGAAUUCAGAGGGUCCACACCAUGUGAGAGGCACUAACUAUCCAUACAUAUGUUGAAGUCUUUGUGCAUUGUGAGGCGUGCGACCCUGUGCCGUAUGAACAGCUGACAUUGCAGAUACCAAGGUCCUUGACUACGGUAUAUAAAGGUGGUCUGAUGUGAGAGUCGGUGCAACUGUAACUAACCUUUAGGCUGUCAGGAUGAACGCCCUCCACGCUCUGCUUCUCUUGGCUUUAAGCCUCUCUGUUGCUCAGUCCCUCGAUUACAAGUCUCUCAGCCAGUUCAGGAAGAUGAUCCUGUGUGUGAUGCCUGAUAGCUGGCCUGUCUUUGACUACGCCGACUAUGGCUGCUACUGUGGAAAGGGUGGCUCGGGCACGCCUGUGGAUGAGCUGGAUAGGUGCUGCUAUGUGCACGACCAGUGUUACAGUGAAGCCAUGCGGCACCCAGAGUGCUGGCCCAUUUUUGACAACCCGUACACUGAACACUAUUACUACAGUUGUGAUGAGGACAACAAGAAGGUCACCUGUGGCAAUAAAAACGACAAAUGCGAGAUGUUCAUCUGCGAGUGUGACAGGAAGACUGCAGAGUGUUUUGCCCGGUCGCCAUGGAACCCCGAACAUGAGCACCUGCCAGGCCACCUGUGCAAAUCUGUUGAAGGAAGUGGCACAGUGUUUUCCAAUCCACCCCGAGUCAACAUGUGAACCUGUUCUGAAGAUGCUGAGUGCGUUGAUGCGCCGCCUCCAGGCCUGAAGGACACACAAAACUCUAUCCCCUCCGUUGGAUCUAUGUUCAGAGGUAAGCUCAAGUCAAAGGCAAAAACAUCCACAUUAGAACCACCACAGCGCUGCUGUUGCAGGAAGACGCAUGGGAUGUCAUGAUGGUGCCACCAGGAGUCAAAGGUCACCCUUAUGUGCACAGCCUUGUCAGUGCUGCCAUGGAAGAUGUGCACUUUGCCGCUGAGGGAGUGCUCAGAAAUGUGGCAGCUUUCCAACUGCACAUAUGUCUCUCGUAGGCGUAACAAUAAGGCUUUCAAGUCCAGAGUCGGCUGAGGGAAUCCCAGACGAUACUUAUGGCGGUGUGGUUUGUUUGAGCUUGGAUGUUUAGUUGGGGACAGAUCCAUCGGCUGCGUAGAAGCAAGGGGGAAGCAAUCAGGCACGAAUAGACGCACCGCGGUUAGCGGCAGUCCCUUGGCGUCUGCGAACACCACACGCUUCUUGUUGAGGCUGCCGCCAUUCCUCUGGAGACAACCCCGACGCUCUGAGGACGCCGGAGAAGACGAGAGACAAAGGGAUUGACGUGAAGCGUGGAAGCUGGUUCUCUGUGGACUGUCAGUCGGCUCAUAAUGACAGAAAGUAGGUUUCAUGGACAGAAGAUGAUAAAGUGGACGGCGUUGGCUGAGGCUCAGACACAUGACGAAGUCAACUGGUAGCCCAGGGGGCUGAGGGUGACUGCCAAGUGCAUGUAGAACUCUGGGGGUUAAAACAUGAGCAGGUAAUUUGAUGUUGCACUCAACAUUGUCGCACAGUCUUACUUAAUGGUAGGGUUGUGUAUCAUUUAGCGUAUAUUCCAGACUAUGGCACUUUUUUUGUAUUUUGGCUGGUCCUGCUACUGAUAGUCACGUGCAACAUAAUAGUGGGGUGGUGGUUGUUUUUUUUGCGACACCUAG